AUGACGAAAGUUUCCCCAGAUUCUCGAAUGGCGAUGCGGCUAAUGGUAACGCGGGCGUCUGCAAAACGAAUACAGCUUGAGAAUGAUCAGGGGCUUUUUCUUGCAGAAGCGGAUGAUGGUGGUGAAGGGCUUGCUGGGGAAGUUGCUGUACAUAGAAUUAAGCGGCUGUACGAGCUGAACGGUGAAAAAAAGCACAAAUCAGUGGCGAAAACCACCGUUUCGAAGCGGAAAAAGACAAAUUUGAAACGAGAAAAUGGUACUGAAGGCGUCAAAUUAGAACAAGGAACUGAGAGAAAGAUAAAAACUGAGAGUUUUGGUGAAAAAAGCAGAGAAGAAUCCGAGAUCAAGACUGAAAUAAAGGUAGAACCUAAGACCGCAAUCAAGUCUGAGUCCAAAACUGAAAUCAUUUCCGAAUCCAAAACUGAAAUCAAGUCUGAACCUACAACUGAAAAGGCUGAGAUGGACUGGUGCGAUGGCACUAAACCCCCGAAUGUUUUUCGUAAGCUCCAAAUCGAAGACAUAGAGCUGGUUCCCUCCUCGCUUGCGCCCAAAAACUGGGAUAAGGUAUACAAUCUGGUAGUGGAAAUGCGUGCCAAGUUUAUGUCUCCAGUGGAUACUAUGGGCUGUGAGCGUAUUCCUCUGAAAAUUCGACCCCAUGGUUUCGACUCACCUCGUACGUAUCGGUUUCAGCUCUUGAUUUCUCUCAUGCUUCUGUCACAGACAAAAGACGAAGUCAACUUUGCAGCUAUAAAGACACUUGACGACGAGUUGAUGAAGCGGGGUUUUCCAAACGGUCUAUGCUUAGAAGCAGUGUUGGCAACUUCAGAACAAGAUAUAAACCAGUGCAUUCAAAAAGUUGGUUUCCACCAUCGUAAAGCUGGAUAUAUCAAAAGGGCAAGUCAAAUGCUCCAUGAUAACCAUUCCGGUGACAUUCCUGAUAACAUUCGCGAUAUUGUAGCACUUCCAGGUGUGGGUCCCAAAAUGGGCUAUCUUCUUCUCCAGAGAGGCUGGUACAAAAAUGAGGGAAUUGGGGUGGAUGUUCAUAUCCAUAGACUCGCGCAAAUGUGGGGUUGGGUAAGUGCCAAGGCUCGAACUCCCGAACAAACCAGACUAGAAUUGGAAAGCUGGCUACCACGAAGACUCUGGGGCGAUAUCAACCCGAUUCUUGUUGGUUUUGGCCAAGUUAUUUGUCCUCCAAAUUACGGCAAUUGUGAUAUCUGCACUCUAGGAAAACAAAAAUUGUGCAAAGGAGCCAAUAAAAAAUUGGUCAACUCUGGUAUAACUGCAGAUAGAAUUAAAAGGCUUCAAAGGCAGCGUGGCGAUCUCGCAAUGAUGAUUGACGAACUAACUAGUAUGCAACCAUAUUGA